CCCCCACCCCGCGAGGUUUCGCCGUGCGGUCGCUGGCAGCACCGCCUGCCGCUCUGACUUGCGAGUGCGUGAGUGAGUGAGGGAGCUUCACCAUGCCGUGCACGCUACUCGCCAGGGAACUCGCUCGCGGUUGUCUCGGGAGGCGCUCGUGUUCGCUUGCGACUGCGAGAUGCGUGUCCGUGUCGGCUGCAUGCCGGGAGAAGGAGCGAGGGUGGCUCAAGAAGAUGUUCGUGCAGAAGGUGGACCCACGCACAGAUGCACACUCUAACCUGCUCUCCAAAAAGGAGACGAGCAGCCUCUACAAGCUGCAGCUUCACAACGUGAAGCCAGAAAAUCUAGAGGACUACAACAAAAUCUCAGCGGAGGCACUGAUGAAAUUGCACAACGAUGAGAGCUACCCAUGCGAGCUGGUGGGCUCUUGGAACACGUGGUACGGAGAGCAGGAUCAGGCCGUGCACCUAUGGCGAUACAUCGGUGGCUAUCCAACUCUGAUGGAUGUUAUGAAUAAACUGAGGCAGAACAAGGAGUACCUGGAGUUCAGGAGGGAACGGAGUAAAAUGCUCCACGCACGUAAAAACCAACUCUUGAUGGAGUUUAGCUUCUGGAAUGAGCCCCUCCCCAGGCCCGGGCCCAAUAUUUACGAGCUGCGGAGCUACAGACUCAAGCCAGGCACGAUGAUCGAAUGGGGAAACAACUGGGCACGAGCCAUCCGCUUCCGGCAGGAGAACAAUGAGGCUGUGGGGGGGUUCUUCUCCCAGAUCGGUGACCUCUACAUGGUGCACCACCUCUGGGCCUACAAGGAUCUUCAGAACCGCGACGACACUCGCAACUCGGCGUGGCGAAAGCGGGGCUGGGACGAGAACGUUUACUACACGGUGCCCCUCAUCCAGCAGAUGGAGUCUCGGAUCAUGAUCCCGCAACCAUUCUCACCCUUGCAGUGAGCGACCAUUGACUUGUAUGUCAGCCGGUUCCCCCUGUCCCACACAGCCCAUGCGCUACAUGGUAUGCUCCGGACGUGUGCCUCACACACGAGUACAGCUCUUGCCCUCUGUGAUAGGUUUUGUUUUGGAUUUUUGCUCUCUGGAAACAAUCGUGCACACACACACAAAAUGUUCCUGGGCAGUCUGCGUAGUAAAGCAGGUAUCACCGCUUUUAAAUGUGGCUGCAUUCUUACCCUUGCAGGGAGAGCGAGCGCACAUAGCAUGUAGGCAUUUGUCUUGUGUCAAACGUCGACCACGUGUAACCUGGACUCUAAGCACUUUUUUGCAAAGGAUUACCAAGGGUUAUAUGUUUUAUUCUGGUACGGAGGGCUGGUGUAUGCAAUGGGGAGGCUUAUUAACACACUAGAAUGUUCAAGCUCCACUGAUUAAUGGAACUUGUCAAAUGUUGGGCCUAAUGAGCCACCACCAGCUUAUUUUCUACUUGUGGGUAUAUACGUGUUCAAUAUUAAACUAUCCAUCUUGGAAGGUCUCUGCAGGUAUAAUUUCCUGUCCAGUAAUAUGAAUAUAAUUAUAUUUUAGAAUCGUUUUUUUUGUGCCAUAAUGAUGACAGAUAGAAUGUAUUUUGAAAUCUAAUGUGCUACUUUCUUGAAUACUUAACGUAUGUAUCAUCACAAGGAUUUCGGGACAAAACACACCGGCCCAAAAGCACAAGCUGCCAAUGGCAAGUCAACUACAAGAUAGAUGCACACGAAAAACAAAAACUCUUCAGUUAAUAUCGCCUCCAAAAAUUGUAAAUCACAAAAAAAAUUGUAAAUCACUUCCAAGAAACCCUUCUCAAUUUUCCCAUGAAGGUUGUUACUGAUCUUUUUAUAUUCCGGGUUGUUGUGUGUGGUUGAGGAGAGGCGCGUCAUUGAUAACCACCACACUGAAGGCCAGAACAGCUCUGUGUAUUUUUUGCAAGGUUGGGCUCAUUCCCUCAAAAUGUUCCAUAUCUUCAGGCAAAAUACACAGGUGAAAUAUUUAAAAACUUAUAAAAAUAAAAAAAAACACUGCUCUACUGCUUAUGGUGAGCAACCCCAACUCUUUGCAAGAUUGUGCCAUUCUGUAGUCAUGGAGCUGCGAAUGGUGUCUUUAUUCGGUUUAAUAGACAUGGAUAGUUAAUGAGCUACUGUAAAUAUGGGUGUAAUGAUCCCCCCCCCCCCUGCGAUAUAUUGACGUCUCGCAAUUUUAUUUGAUAAUUAUUUUUUGGGAAUAUGAUGCAUCGGCCUCUAGUGCCUGGAGAGGGUCACGUGAGAAUGACAUUUACUUACAGCGUAUACAAAUAGAAAAAAAACACGUCGAUGCUUAAGCACGCAGUUCAGUGCCCGCGUCUUAAACGCUAGACGAAUUGGUAUGCACCGAUGCAGCCGUGCGCCCCUAUUUGAGUACCCCGCACUUAUAAAAUGUUACUCUCCAAUGCCAAAUGUUCCCAUCUCGCACACACUGCUGUUGCACGUGACCCACACGGUGACCAGUUUUCUUCUUGGCUUCUACGCGACUCCUUAAACGUAAAGGGAUGUUUUAGAGGGCAUAUGUCUCAUGCCCAGACAAUGCAACAAGCGUUGGGGUCUUAAAGGGACAAUUUGCCUUGGGGGCCUUCAAUAAUUUUGUUCGAUCCAAAGACUUUGAUACCCUGUCUUCCUCUGUGGAACUGAGCUGCUGUGUGCCGGGGUCAAGCCACUGACGUCGGUACAAUAAACGAGUCGAGGUUCAUGUAGAUGAUGCAGUGUAGGCAAUUAACACCAUUUACAAUCAUAGCAUCACUGUGCAGUUGAUACGAGUAAGGCGCCAAUUAAGAUUAAACAGAGUUGGUAACGGGAGUUUGAAUUUGAAUGAAGACUUACACAUUGGCAGAUGAUGAAUUGUGCGAUGGGAGCGUGUCCUACAGCCUGGAGUAGAAUCGAUUCGGGUGAGUUUAAGGAAUUGAUGGGGGGGGAGGAGCAGUUUAUCGCAAUUCAUAUUGUGAGAAGAAUCAAUUUUGGUUAAGGCAAGACGGGAGGGGGGGGGGGUUGAUGUUUUGGUGAAGGCCAGCUUAUGAAAAUUAUUAACCUCACCCCCGACCUGGCUUGAACCCAAGCCAGAUUCAGAUAAUGUUCUGAGGUUUCAAGCCAGUAUAUUGGACUCGGCAAAUAAUGAUUGAAAGACCUCCCGUAACUGGAAGGACGCUAUGCUGGCCCAGUGCUUUCUCAUUGCAUGUAAAGUGUGAACCCAUAGUUACCAUUAUUCUAAUGCUUUAGGUGACCUGUAUUUCAAUCCUAUAUUUUGUGUACAAAUUUUAAAAAAAUAUAUAUACGUACAUUUCUGAAAUAAAGUAUCCUGAUUUUUGUUUAAAUGAAUAAAACAAUGUUAAUUUAAAAUGUAGAUGAUUCAUACUGUGCUACCGUGUGUCAGCUUCGACAAAUGUUUGAUUUAAAGUCAAGGAGGUUAGAAAAUUUUCAUGGAAGUAGCCCUGUUACUGGUUUUAUUGCUCGACGUGAAGAUUUGCUCAAUUGUAUAUCUUGAUGAAUGAUAAACUACACACAACUCGAUCUGCCAAUCAGUAUCACUUGCAGGGUAAAAGUCCACCAAAUGUUGGCACAAUUACAGUACUGUAUUUCCAUGCCACGUCCAUGUAAAUGUAAUAAAUUCCAGAUCUCCACCAUUGCUCACUCACUUUACAAACAGGAAUAAAGUUGCCUUUGUGUACCUGAAAGAUAAUAUCGGUACAGUCCUUGGUGUCACAACACAAUACUUUUCCCAACAUUUUUUUAUGACCAAGUGCACAUCCUUCAAGCAUGAAGGCUGUAAAUAAUUUUCGUGUAUCUCUUUUUACAAUCUGAACUCUUGUGGGAUUCACGUUGUUUGAGCAGUUGACGACAUUGUAUAAGUAAAUGUCGGGGUACAAUAUACGGUUUCGCUUUGUACAAUUCAUCCCGAGGUAACAUUUUGAUGGUUAAUAAUUAAUGAUUAGUCUCGAAUUGUUUACAUUUAGCGGUGUUCGUUCAUUUGCACGGCUUGUAACGUGAAGUGAAGUAAUGUCGGCGAUGCACCAAAUGUGAAAGUUCACAAAUGACGGCAACGUGUGUGCACUUAAAUCACUGGUAAAUUCCCUUCUCACAAUUCUGUAGCAACAAAUGCACCACCAUUGAUAACAAAUACGAUAUAUUUCUACGUGCAAUAUCCUCUUCAGAUGGUUAUAAGAAGAAAUUAUCAACUUACGGUGAAUAAGAACUCUUAAGAUUAACAAUAAAAUAUGAAUGUAGGUGCACGGUUCAAUCUCACCAACUUUUUUUUUUAAUUGUCUAUGCCCGGAGCGAGAGAAACACACUUUAGUUAAGCGCCCAUGAGUUUGUUUAAUUUUUAUCAUUUCACAUGGAAGCACUAAAACGAUGCAACUUAAUAAAGUUUCAGAUGGUACGCUUUUUCCGCGAAUUGUAUCGUCUUGGCCGAUACAAGGCGGCCAAAUGUUCCUCUUUGGAAUAAUAAACUUGCACUCGCAAACCGUGGAGACGUGACUAGCCAUUGAGCUGUUUGCGUGGCCAGUUGUGAUGCCAUGGUGUUGGAAAUAAAGUGGAGAUUGAAUCCAAA